UAUCCAUUUCAUUUCAUUUCAUUUCUCACACACACACAAAGCAAUAAUAAUGGCUAGCCUUGCAAGCACAAUGUUCAGCUCCGCCGUGGUUCCUCGGAAGCCGGCAGUGGGCAGGCUUGGGUCGGUCCCGAAGGCGGCGGCUCAGUUCGGUGUGAAGACGAAGAGCAGGGGAGGAGUGAGGUGCAUGGCGACGCACAAGGUGAAGCUGAUAACACCGGACGGAGAGGUGGAGUUCGACUGCGAGGAUGACGUGUACAUCGUGGACCAGGCGGAGGAGCAGGGAAUUGAUCUGCCCUACUCGUGCCGCGCGGGAUCCUGCUCCUCCUGCGCCGGGAAGGUCGUCAGCGGCAGCGUUGACCAGUCGGACGGAAGCUUCCUCGAUGACGACCAGAUUGAUGAAGGAUGGGUGCUCACCUGCGUUGCCAAACCAACCUCCGACGUCGUCAUCGAGACUCACAAGGAGGAGGAUAUCGCCUAAUCACAUUGGCUACUACAUUUUCUUCAUAUUUUUAUUUUCAUAUCACCUGUCUCUUUGCAACUCCAAUUGCCGUAAUUAUCACUAUCACCAUCCCUUCAACUCCUAGUAUUAUUGUUGUGGAUGAAUAUAGUUGGCUAAACGAUAAUGUAUUUGUGCUUGUGGCUAACAAAUACAAAACCAUAUCCUAACCUAUUUUCAAUUAAA